UCCAGAACUUAAAAGCGUAAUGCACGCAGCCCUGGUUCAGGAUACAUAAAAUAACCAGAGUGCCUAUUUAGUAGUAUUUGAGGAGACGAAACGUCAUACAUUUAUCUACGUAGCUAGCGCCCGUGAAUAUUUCAUGUUAGAUUAUCUUUAUUGAGUUUUGCUGAAACAGAAGUUUGUGUGCUCACAACGAUACUGAAAUUAGCUAACUUUGCUAGUUAGCACGCUAACGUUAGCUAGCUAGUAGUAGUGUCAACAAACUGAGAGUGACUUUACGUUAACGGGUUCAAGUAACUGCACAAAAGCGCGAUGCUGGUAACCGUUUUCUGCUGCCCCAAUGACCAUUCGGAAAUCACAUUUGCACUCGAUGUCUCUCCAGAGCUUGAACUCAGAGAUUUUGUUGCUCUGUGUGAAUUAGAAUCAGGAAUCCCUGCUGGUGAAAUUCAGAUCACAUAUGCAGAGCAGCCCCUAAAAGAUCUGACCUGUGCUUUAGGGACUUAUGGUCUGAAGGAUGGCGAUGUGGUGGUGCUCAGACAGGUAGAAAGACGGCAACCGCCAGCACAACCAGUCUUCCCAGGUCUGCCCCGUAUUGACUUCAGUUCCAUCGCAGUCCCUGGCACCUCUUCUGGUUCCAGUCAACGGUCCACCCGUAGACAGCAGCAACAGGCCCCGACCCCACAGCAGCAGUGCCCUCCACCCCCUGCUGCACCCCCAUCCCUAUUGGGCUCCACCUCCUCUCCUCCGGGUCUGGAUGACCCCGCCUUACUGCAGCAGAUGCUCUUGGCCAAUCCACACGAACUGUCGCUGCUCAAGGAGCGCAAUCCGCCAUUGGCUGAGGCCCUGUUGAGUGGAGACCUGGAGCGUUUCACCAAAGUGCUGUUGGAGCAGCAGCAGGAUCGAGCUCGCAGAGAGCAAGAGAGGAUCCGGCUUCUGACUGCCGACCCAUUUGACAUGGAGGCCCAGGCCAAGAUAGAAGAGGACAUCAGGCAGCACAAUGUUGAGGAAAACAUGACCAUUGCGAUGGAGGAGGCCCCAGAGAGCUUUGGCCAGGUGGUUAUGCUCUACAUCGACUGUAUAGUGAACGGAUACCAUGUGAAAGCUUUUGUUGACUCAGGGGCGCAGAUGACCAUCAUGAGUCAGGCGUGUGCUAAGCGCUGUAACAUCAUGCGCCUGGUGGACCGACGCUGGGCCGGCAUCGCCAAGGGAGUGGGCACCCAGAAGAUCAUUGGCAGAGUCCACUUGGCUCAGGUCCAGAUAGAAGGGGACUUCCUGCCUUGCUCCUUUUCCAUCUUGGAGGACCAGCCUAUGGACAUGCUGCUUGGACUGGACAUGCUCAAGAGACAUCAGUGUUCUAUUGACUUGAAGAAGAACACGCUACUGAUCGGGACGACGGGCACUGAGACCCGCUUUCUGCCCGAGGCGGAGCUGCCAGAGUGUGCCCGACUGGCGUACGGGCCGGAGGGCCCAGAGGACGCCCAGCCAGACGAGAUCGCAGACAGAGAGCUGGCGGAGGCACUUCAGAGAUCUGUUCAGGAGAGCGGACAGCACUGAUGCAUUUGGAGAGACAGCUGGAGUCAACCCUUCCAACCAGAAGCUGGCAUGGACAAAAACGAUGCAUGUUGUGUGCAUGAGUGUUUUGGUCCAUAGCAUGUUUCAAUUGUUGAACAGUACUGUUUAACUCUCAAACUGGUCCCUACCAUCAAACACUGCAGAUGGACAAACUACCUCACCGGAAUCCCCACCAUUCCCAAUGCCCAAACCCCUGAACAACAUGCCCCUGUCCCCUUCCCCCGGCCAUCCCCAGAGCCUUUUCCUGGACCGCUCCCAGUCUGCUCCAGCCUACAUGCGCCAGGCUGGGGCCCCAACACCAGGACCGAGCCAGAGCCAAACAGAUCCUGGCUUCCAGGGUCUCCCCAUCCCGGGACCCUCAUCCCAGGUCCAGAACACAGCACCUACAGCCCAACAGUCUCCUCUCUCAAGCCCCAGCCCUACCAACCCCACCCAGCCCCUCCUUUCCACCAUCACCACUCCCCUGGCUCUGUCCACAUGCUCCCUUCCUGCAGACAAGAUGGUGACUGGGACUCCCACCUUGGGAGAUUCAGCCAGUCAGAUCCCUUCAGCCACAGAGAUUGGGUGUGCCUCUGAGAAGGCAGGGAACAGCUCAGUGUUCCCCCACCCAAAGGAAAGCCUUACCACUCAGCCCAUGGAGCAGGAGGAGGACAUGUCAGACACCAUUACAGAUCACUGGACCUGUCUGAGUACCCCACAUCAGCAGAGUGAAGGGGGUUCCCAAUAUCCCCACCAGCCCGUCUCUAAUCCCUCAUCACUCACACUAGAACCCUGUCCUUUUGGAUCCACCUCUACAGAGAUCAAGUCUCCCCCUGCCUCCUCCCAGAACACUGUGCCAUUAGAGAGGGACCAGCCAGAGGGGAAGCACUGUUCCUACUCAGACCAGAUCCCAUCUCUAGCUCAGGCCCUGCUGGAGCUCCAUGAGCUGCUGGUGUCUAACAGCCGUAGCCUCUCCCCUCAGGACCGCAGUGCCUCCUGCUCCCCCUCACACAGACAGAACGCUGACGGACUGGACGACAACCACAACCCCACCGUAGAGCCCCUCACACCUGAAAACAGCACCCAACCCUCCCCCUCUACUGCCAUUACAGCUGGUGCAGAACCAUGUGAUGCCAAAGCCAACCACCCUGCUGCUGUGUCUAACAGAGGAUCUCCUCCUGACUGUGUCCUGCCAGGCUCCUCUGAGCAGAGCCUGGAGACCAGGACCGAGGCUGAACCAGGAGAGGGACACGGGGAACCAGAACCACAGUGUCCAAACAGCUCCUGGUGGGAAAGGAGGGCAGAUGGGUAUGGGCUAGAUAACAGUAAAAGCAAAGGGACUGUGUCUGAAGCCAAAGGCCCCUCUUCACUUCAAGCAGACCUGGUGUUUAGGGAGCCCCCUGAGGGGCAGCAGGGGAGGGGUGUGGCAGAUGGGAGAGCCUCUGGCAAUGACAACCCUAACACACUCAACCUCCAACCUGACACAACACAGCAGAGCCCCCUGUCCAUGGCUGCUGGCUUACCUGGGGAGGAGUCUGGCGUUUCGCCCCGCGCUUCACCUCUUCCUCAGGCCCUGGACCACCCCUCCUCAGCCCCUCUCAUGUCUGCUCCACGUCUCUUUACCGAUGAUCACAUCCAAAGGAUCCAGGCAGCUGGCUUCUCUGCCCGGGAGGCUGCGGAGGCACUGGAACAGGCCCAGGGCAGUGUGGAGCUGGCUCUGCUGGCACUACUGGCCCGCAAGAUCACUGUGCCCACCUAGACACUCACAACAUUGCAAUCAUGUAAGUCCUAGCCUCUGUCAACAUGGGUUUGAUUUGUGCUCUUGUCUUAUUGUUGAUGGUGACAUCUGAAUUCCCUGGCCUCACAGCUACUUCAUGCUGAAGGGGAAAUGCUGUCAGUCUCUUGGUUUCUCACAGACCAUACAACCAACUGUUAUUUGUUAUGGAUUUAGCUGAUAUGAUCUGAGGUGUGUUUGAUUUGGUGCCUCAGAAGAAACAUGUUUUUAUGUAUUUUAUAGAUGGGCUUUAGUAGAUUGAUUUCCUUUACCCCCCCCAACUCCGUAUAUACAUAUUUCAUUAUAAACACUAUUGAAUUGCCCCAAUCAUUUAGGUAAAUGUUUACAGUUGUGUGUGAAAUAGCAUUUUAUAAAGGGCUGAAGAUGAGUUAAAAUGUCAGGUUUGUGAAGAGUAUUAUUGAUGAGCCAAACAAUUAAUGGGUUUUAAAUUAAUGUUAGAUUUUUAUUUUUUUUACUCAGAUUCUGCUAAUAAAACCCACCAGACCGUCAACUUAUUGCACUGGAAAUAGCUCAAUUUAAGAAGCAUUGCUAACGGGUGAUCUUUGCCUUCUUCUGCCAAUGUUAUCAUGUUGUAAUAUGACAUUCAGUCAAGUCAUUAUUGCCAAUCCUGAGGAACUUGAUGGUGGUUUUAAUUUUUAAACGUCUUGCAUGAAGAAGAAGAAAAAUCAGGCAGCACUAUUUUUCAAAUGACCCUUUUAUUUUUCUCAUUCCUUUGAUUUAUAGAGGAACGUCAAAAUAGAUGACAUAUUCAGCAAAGUUGUAAACCACACGUUGAAUUUUUCUGAAAAAUGUCAGUGUGUGAUUGUGAAGGAUAAAGAGGUCUUCAAAUAUAACAGCACGUGUAAUGGGGAUGUCUGGAAAUGUGUUUUCUAAGUUAUAAAAGGGUUUUGGAGUUUCCUGUUCAGUAUACCUUGGUUUGUUUCAGAUAUCUAUCAUGCAUUAGAAUUACUCCCUCCCCCAUCAACUGGUAAUCUCUCCCACAGUCCAAGUCUACCCUAUCCAGCCGACUGAUUUAUUUGCUCAGUCAUUCAUGAAUCCAUUGUAUAUUUUUUAAGUUGUAUUAUUUGGGUCAUAUUCAUAUACCAACAACAUUGAGGCAGGUUAAAUGAUUUAGUUAUCUUGUACUCCAUUUUAAACUCUAAGGUAAAACUGGUUCUUUGUAUUGUAUGUGUGGGGUUUGGGAUAUUUCUAGGGAAUGGGUGUUAAGGAUUGUAAUAAAAGCCAUGUUUUUCUAA